GUUUAAUUGUUGAUAUUAAGUACAUACAUUUUGAAUAUAUUAUUAUUUAGUUUCAUCUGACCCAGUUAUUAUUAACAACAGUAAAAAUGGUAAAACCACCUACAGCCAAAAAGGAAAUGGUAAGCAGGUUUCACAAAUCCAAAAUAUAGUUACCUAUCUCCCGAUUGAUAGCAACACGCGUUGUUCGCCUAGUCUAAAAUGACACUCAUUAAUAACAUGGUUUUCUAUUGGUAAAGAAUUUGCAGAUCAGUUUAAUAGAUCCAGAUCCCCCCACCAAAACCAUACUAACUCAUAAACUUUAGGUACCUCUUCAUGAUUAUUUAUCUCUCAUUUACUUAUUUGUACUUUUUUAAGUUUUACCAAUGUUAAAUAAAAUACAAAAUGUAAUACAAAACACUAUUAUUAGGUACUAGCGGACGCAUGAAACUUCGUCCUCCUGAAAUUCAGUUUUUCAGAAAUCCCGCGGGAAUCAUAGUACUUAUGUUGAUCAAUAACCUCCUCUGUCUUCCAGUGAAAAUUCCAUUACAAUCAAAACGCUAAAGGCAUACAGACAGAAAGACAAAAAAAAUAUUAAAAAGCUUGAUUGUGUUUUGGUAUCGUGUAAAUAACUAUUUAUAAAUGCAGCACUUGAUAUUAAACACUUACUUUGAAAUCACAGACAUACACUUAAUUUUUUUUUAUAUGUAUUGAUAAGUUUAGAUAAUUUAUUGGCGAUCACUCCGGUUCUUUACCAAUUUACAGAAAACUGGUAGACGCCGCACAGUUUCCGUUAGUGGGGAUAGUAUAGCUUCCCAACAGUAAAAUAUUUUUCAAAUCGGUUCAGUAGUUUCAGAGCCUAUUCAAUGCAAACAAACAAUCGAAUCUGUCCUCUUUGUAAUAUUAGUAUAGACUAGCGGACGCCCGUGACUUCGUGUGCGUGAAACCCUACCUACUACUACCCUACCUUACUCCCACUCUACAGCUACCCUACCAUACAGGGGAUAAGUAGGGACUCAAAACUACCCCUACCUUACCCCUAAUUUUACUCCUACCCUACCUCUACCAAACCCCUACCCUACCCUACCCUGCCCUACUCCUACCAUACGGCUAUUCUAGCACGCGACGGAAGCUUAAAAAAUGGAGUAACUAUAAAUGUUGGGAAAACGGUAGAACGUUUUCCCAACAUUUCCCUUCACUGCUCUGCUCCUAUUAAUCGUAGCGUGAUGUAAAGUAUACUAUAACCUGCCCAGGAGUAUGAAGAAUAAUUGUACCAAGUUUCGUUAAAAUCCGUCGAGUAGUUUUUGUUUCUAUAAAGAACAUACAGACAGACAGACAGACAGACAUACAGACAGAAAGACAGACAGACAGACAAAAAUUUUACUGAUUGCAUUUUUGGCAUCAGUAUCGAUCACUAAUCACCCCCUGAUAGUUAUUUUGGAAAUAUAUUUCAUGUACAGAAUUGACCUCUCUACAGAUUUAUUAUAAGUAUAGAAGAUAAGCAUAAGCAUAACUGUUAUUAUUUCCAAGUUAUCAUGAUAUCAUGUUAGACUAGUCGCACACACACACAAAUGCUAUGUAUAUAAUUAUACCUGUAUAUUAAUUUAAAGCGUGAUAACAGGAUCCUGAGCUACUUAUGAAGAUCAAAUUCCGAGCGAAAUGUUUGUUUCGGGCUUUAGGUCGUAUGGUAAUGGCUAAUGCGUAUUGGCUAAUUGAGGGGGUAGACCAUUAUGAAGGCUUCGACGACGUGAAGCGGCGGGUGGAACAAGCAGUGAGGGGGAAGGCUAAGAAAAAACAGUUGCUCACUAUAAAAGAUAAAGCCCUUUUGAAUAAGAAUGCUGAAGAGCGUACAGAUAAAGAAAAAUCUUACAUAUACCGAAUUAUUGGAGGACUCAAAUGUUUCAAACGAUAUCCAAAUCACGUUAAGAGGAAAUUAGCAGCGGUAACGUAUUACAAGUACUACGGUCCAGGACGUGUUAUCGUUCGUCAACACCAUGAGGCCCAUGCCCUGUAUUUCGUCAUAAGCGGUGACGUCGUGGUCAGCCAGCUUGUGUUUGAUGAACUCAUCCAACAGUUUGUUUCUGUGGAGAUUGGGGUCAUACAUUCUGGCGAUAUGUUCGGAGAAGUUUCCUUGUUGCAUAACAUACCGAGGACCGCUACUGUAACUACAACUGGUCACUGUGAACUUUUGGUACUUAUGAAGGAGGACUUCAAGAAUGUACUUCAAGCAUCCAUUCAGAAACAGUGGGACGAAGUUCGUUUUGCGAUGUCAGCCUUCACAUACUUCGACGCGCUUGACGAGGUAGCACUGCGUGAAGGUUGCAUAGUAGCAAAGAUGAAAACUUACGCGAUAAACGAAACGGUGCUCGGUGACGGAGUUGGAGUUCAGAAUUUUGUAUAUUUUAUUCUCUCAGGGCGAUGUCAAAUGAUAGAGUCGAUUCAAGUAAUAGCAACUAAGCGCUUAAGAAAAACACACUACAGUCUGUACGAUCCUUAUGUAGCAAAUGAAGAGGAAAGUGAACAAGAUUUGGAUACUAAAUACUUUAGAGCUUAUACAAAAAUAAGUAAAGACGAACGCGAUUCUGCCGUGACAGUUGGAAGUACUCGUAAAGUACAAUCCCCAAGUUUAACUAAACCAGAUAAUUCUUUGAAAGAUGUACAGAGAAGUGAGAAUGCGAGUGAAACUGAAAAACCUCGUAAGGAAAGUGCUGAUUUGCAAAGUAUUGCGCAACUUAAAUCAGAAGAAACCUCUAAACAAUUUAGAGCUUCUAUUAGGUUAGUUAUAAUAAGUAAUAUUCCUGAAGUGGGUGGGGAUGUAAAGCCAAAAGAAAACCUCAAAACGUAUUUUAUGCAGUAUGAUUCUGCCGUGACAGUUGGAAGUACUCGUAAAGUACAAUCCCCAAGUUUAACUAAACCAGAUAAUUCUUUGAAAGAUGUACAGAGAAGUGAGAAUGCGAGUGAAACUGAAAAACCUCGUAAGGAAAGUGCUGAUUUGCAAAGUAUUGCGCAACUUAAAUCAGAAGAAACCUCUAAACAAUUUAGAGCUUCUAUUAGAAUAAGUAAUAUUCCUGAAGUGGGUGGGGAUGUAAAGCCAAAAGAAAACCUCAAAACGUAUUUUAUGCAGGUUUGUCAGUUUAACCCUGGAUCAACUUUUGGUUUUGGAGAAAACCUGCGUGACCGUCGCAUCGUCGCUCUAACUCCUGUUAGCUGUAUGCUUCUUCCAAAAAUAUGGCUCCUUCAACGUAACACUGCCAACAUUUGGACAAGAAUACAACAUUAUUUGGAAAAGAAGAUUCCAAAAAAAAAGCAAUUAUUUAAACAGUUUGUAUCGGCAAGACGAUGGGAGGAGUUUAGAGACAACUUGGUAGAAGACGUGAUGUCCCGCACCAACGGUGUUAAUUGGACAUCCGCCCACGAUGUGCCAUAUUCCAUUAGAAUGGAGGAGAUGUUGGACAUUUAGUUAAUAAUUAUUACACUUUAACCUUCAUACUAAUGUUAAUUCUUAAUAAUUAUAUCUAUAAUAUA